AUGAUAACUGUUGGUACUAUCAAGCACUUCGCUAUUGGAGUUAACAUCUUUCACGUUUUGUUUGUAUUAUUUGGAGCUCCAUUUCUUGUGUAAGUUUAUAUAAAUGUAAGAUCAUAUUGUUGAAUUGCAAAGGCUAUCGAUAUAUUAGCGUUAUAAAAAGAAGCUUGUCGUAUUUCAUAAAUGUUUUAAUACGUUUCUGUUGUAAAACACGAGUGAAAAUAAAAUGAAUAAACGAAAGUUAUAUAACUUUAUUUAUGUAAAACAACUUACAGUGACUUCGAGUGGACGUUGGCAUUAGCUGCAGUUCAAAGUCUCUGUUCGGCCGUUCCUGUGAGUAUUGCGGUAGAAGGAAGAACUGACGACAUUAUCCCGUUUCUGGUCGAAAAAGAAUUGUAAGUCUGAAAAAAUAUUAGUUUGGUCGUCAAAGUUGACGCAAAUGUGACAAAAAAACUUCUGCUUAGUCUUCAUUUCCUUUGUAAAGAUGAUUUGUUGGACACGAUAGUACAGUAUACGAAUAGACUCAUAAUAUAAAUGGAAGUUUCGGUGUUUUAAUAAAUUUCGAAAUUUCAGCGAUCCGAAAAAGAAAGCUCUCAAGUUUGUGGCAUUUUUGUCCCUUUUUGGCAACUGGAUUUCAGCCGCUGUUAUUCCACUGGACUGGGACUUGUGGUGGCAGGUAAGGAUUAAAAUAUUAAAAAAUAAAUUUUGUUUUGACUUUUUUAUCAAUUAGAUCUAUUAAUUCUUUUGCAGUUUUUUAACUACAGAAAAUGGCGGAAGAGUUAAUGGAUUGACUUCAAAAACUAGGACGGUAGUGUUAUAAGUCAAUAAUUUUUAAAGAAAUUGAUCCAGUAAUUCCUUCGUAACCUAUUAUGAAACUUUAUUUCUGAAAAUAUUUUGAAAUUUGUUUGUUUUCAGCGAUACCCGAUUCCUAACUUUGUGGGCGCGACCUCAGGCUUCGUGCUGGGCGUAGCUCUUGUGCUAGUAUUCAGAGCCCUGAACUUGUUUGGCUUUUACAGAAAGUCAUCUUCACUUCAUCCCAAAACCGUAUAAACUACGACAAAAUGCAGUCGGAACUGUUCGAGAACCCAUCCCCAAAGUUAAAAGCCAUUGUUUUUGCUGAGUUUGACAACAAGAUCGGCAGGGUCAUACGGCACCAGGUAAGUUGUUUUGAAUUUUCUGGUUUUUGGCUAUUUUUGUAUAGUAACGGAGGUUUUUUUGGCGUUUCGGUAACAAUUUUCAAAAAUUUUGAAGAUUUUGGGUAACAUAAUAGUCAUAAAACAUACUUUAACUUACAAAUUUGUGGUAGUCUACAUUGUGUAUAAAUUUAAUACUAUUUUAAGUGAAAAAACAAAAAUGUUAAAGUUUUAGGUAACAGAUAUUUUACAGUUUUCAAUUAACUAACAGGUCUCUUGAUUUAGGUACCUCACAACAUAUUCAGUACGACGCACUUUGAUGCCUUUGCCAGCGCCAUCAUUCCCUCAGAAGACAUGCGAGAUCGUCUCAUCAUGGUUAAUAUGUACGAUUGGAAGGUGAUGGGCUACCCAGUUUACAUCAGAAACGAGAAGUACGAGCGGAAAGUGUACAUAUUCAACAUGUGCUUCGUGGUCGACAAACAAGACACCCAAAGUGAUUGUAUGUAUGAGCCAUUGGUCCAAAAGUGCGCAGAAUAUCUGGUGGAUAUGGAGGUGGAGAAUGAGUUUCUGAGUCGAAAAGACUCUAGGCUCGAAGAUCUGAUGGAAAGGGUCUUUCAAGGGCUUAACGAGAACGGUAAGACAAUGUUCACGUCCAAAUUUUGUAAAAAAUGGUCAUAAAGCUCUAAGUUUGGGGCGCAGACUGCUGAGUGACAUUUUUAUACGAUGAAAACUGUUCAAUUUUUAAAAGUGUUGAAAAGACUAUUUUGUCUCAUGCUAUGCAGUUGGGAAGUUGUAGUAUCGUUUUGUGUAAAAUACGUUGAGAUAGUGUGAUUUUGUUCAGGAGAGUGCAUUCAUUCCAUCACUAACGAGACCACGUUGUUCCUAAAGUUAUGUCCAGCCUUUCAUGGUCGCGAGCCACCUCAAGUGAGCUCAUUCAUGGUACCGGUCUUUACAAAAACUCCGCCUAUUUCACCCGCUGAUCUCAGCAAAAUGGACGUUUUGUCUCAAAAGGUACUUUAUUGUUAUCAAAAAUAGUAUUACAGGAGGUAGCAAUCAUUGUUACUAAUUAUAAAGUCGAGUAAAUAUACAACAUAAUAUUAUGUGUGUUUAUUCUCUAUGUUAUAGGCCGAGCAAUGUGUGUAAAUUUGCUGUUUUUUUAUAAUACUGUUGUAGAUCUGCCCGUUCAUCGACGGAGUGUGUUGUGUUAAAGACAUUGCCAGUCUGAUCCAAGUUGACGUAGAUCUGGUGAAGCGAUGCAUCAGGAACUUGUACUUCUACGGUUGUGUUGCCCUACUGCCAAUCUUUUUGUACUCUAACUACUACAUGGCCACACCUCGAGUCCGACAGUUUAUGAAGAAGGAGAAGGUGGUGGAGGAAUGUCUGGAGUUUGUGAAGAAGGACAAGUCCUUGUCUAUACCUACCAAAAGUGACCUUUUUCGAUUGUAUAUGAGUUUAACUGUAAGUUAAAGGCACAGUAAGCAGACUUUAGUUACUGUUCGAAGUUUUUGUGUUACAUAGCUACUUUAGUUACAGUACACAUUCAUUAAGUAUACUGUAUUUUUUGAUUUAUUUAAUUUUCGUAGUAAUCUGUCUGUUUCAGCCAAAUAUGGAUAUGCAGAACUGGUUCCGUGUCCACUGUCCAGCCGACUAUAAUAUUGACGAGAGACGGUUCAUUCAGUUUGGGGUCCACUACAACUUCAUCAAGGUACUCAAAGUGUACCCACAAGCAGAAGAUUGGCCCGAAUCUUGGUAUGUUUUUGUAUAUAAUGGUCAGUAUGUAAAGAGAAGUGCCAUAACAGCAUAUUAUUUAUAAUUAGAAGGUUGGUUUACUUACUAGUUGGACUACUUUUUUGGAUAUUUAUUAUUACUAUGUUACUAUAGCCUGUUAUUGCUAGGAUUGUAUUAUAAUUAAAAAUGCUAGUUAAUAUAAUUUCAAUGGUUGAUUUCAGUGUGACCGAACUGUGUAACGGCGAGAACACGGUGGAAGGCAUAGCCACCAUCCUAUCGUGCUCACCGUACUCUCUUCAGAAGCGGCUACAGGAACUGGACCUGCCCAUGAUAUACCGAUAG